CUUACUCUUCCACCAGAUUUACUGCCAAGUUCUCCCUACCGGUUUCCCACUAGCCCUAGGCUCGGUAACUGAAACUGCUUCAAAACUGGUCUGCUUCAACAAAAAUGUUAAAGAUACUCCAAAAUGGGAUACCAUGUAUUGCCCCAUUUGUGGCGGUGGGGUGAAAAUGGGUGCCAUUUUGGAGUACCCAUCGCAUUACUCGAGGAUGGUCUUGGAAGAAGUUAAGGAGUUGCAUAUGCUUGUAAGAAAUUUUUGCAGUUUAGAAUUAUAGAAGGUCGACACUAGUAAUGGCCUCCAGGUGCUCGAUUGAAUGUUCGCUAGUUGACGGUCAUUAAAAGCCACCCCGGAAUAUGAAUGCAUUGACUGCUUUACAAUGGAUAAUUUGCUACGGUCCGUGAGUGCCGCUCAGUCUAUCUACGCAACCGUAAUCGUAGGCUUUCCAAGAGCUGAGCAGUCCAGUACAAGUUGUACUGAAAGAAAUUCUUCGCAUUCCAACAAUCUAUGGCGUAUUGGGAAUAGAAGACGAGAGCGAAUAUUUUUGAAGGCACAAUCUCACUCGACCAGAUCUUACCAUAGACCACUCCCCAGGAACCUUCGUUAUCCACGGCGACCCAAGCUCCCUCCAGAGCUUGAUUUUGGGUAUCGCGGAGUCAUUGAGAACGACUACAGGUCCCCUCCAAACCCAAUUAGCAAUGAUGGUGAUAACCUAGAAGAGGAGGGAGAACAACAACAAAGAAACCAUGAGCUAGAAUCCGACGAUGGAAUAGAAUGGGAAUCCGAUGAAAUUGAAGCCAUUUCAUCUCUUUUCAGAGGGAGGAUUCCUCAGAAGCCUGGAAAUUUAGAAAGGAAAAGACCUCUCCCUCUCCCCGUUCCUCACAAGAUUAGACCCAUUGGGCUUCCCUCACCAAAGAGAUUCCCUGCAACAAAUAACGUUUCUUCUGCAAGGAAAUCCAUGACAAAUAGGCUAUACAAGGAGCCAAGUUUCUUGCUUCGAUUGGCUAAAGAAAUUAAGUGUCUUUCAGCAGAGGAGAAUGUAUCUGUGGUUCUCCGAAAAUGGGCCCCAUUUCUUAGAAAGGGUUCCUUGUCCCUGACCAUCCGUGAGUUGGGUCAUUUUGGACUCCCAGCCCGAGCACUACAGACAUUCUGCUGGGCACAGAAGCAUCCUCAUCUAUUUCCGGAUGACCGGAUUCUUGCUUCUACAAUUGAGGUGUUGGCUAGGUCACAUGAGCUAAAAAUUCCAUUAGAUUUGAAUAAGUUCAUCAGCUUGUCGAGCCUUAGUGUGUUUGAGGCAUUGCUUAGGGGUUGCAUUAAAGGAGGAAGCUUGAAACUUGCAUUGAAGUUUCUCCUGUCUGCGAAUGAUCGCAGAAGAAUGCUGGACACUGGGGUGUAUGCUAAACUUAUUUUGGAAUUUGGCAAGAACAGUGACACCAAUAGGGCAAUGAUAUUGCAGUUGCUAGAGGAUCUUGCAGAAAGAGAUGAUCUUGAUUUGAAACAACAAGACUGUACGGCUAUCAUGAAAGUGUGCUCACGGUUGGGGAAAUUUGAAUUGGUAGAGCGAUUAUAUAACUGGUUCAAGAUGACUGGGCGUGACCCCGGUGUGGUCAUGUACACUACCCUGAUUCACAGUCAUUACUUGUCAAAUAGAUACCGUGAGUCUUUGGCAGUUGUUUGGGAAAUGGAAGCUGCAAAUUGCCUUUUUGAUCUUCCAGCUUAUAGGGUAGUAAUAAAGCUUUUUGUUGCUCUGAAUGAUCUUUCAAGGGCUUCACGCUAUUUCUCUAAACUUAAGGAGGCUGGUUUCGCCCCGACUUUUGACAUAUAUCGGGACAUGAUGAAGAUCUAUACCUCUUUCGGGAGGCUGGCUAAGUGUCAAGAGAUCUCAAGGGAGGCAAAGAUGGCCGGAUUCAAGUGGGGCAAGAAGAUAAUGAGGUUGCAACUUAAACAGUGAUUACUUGACAUUCUACCCUCCUUUUGUACGUGCUUGCAUCAGUAUGCAGAAACAUUGUGAUGUGCAUGUUAGAGCAGCCAUUACUACUUUCCCUCAUGGCAUCACUGUUCUGUUAAUGGUUAGAGAGAGCAACUCCCUACAUUUUUAUUUCAAAAAAGAUUAAUUGCUUCUUUGGUAAAAAAAAACCUUCUCUGUAUGUAAUUGAGUAGAUUGAGUAAUUAGGGACACAUUAACUUGAAUACGAGUAAUUAGGGACGUUAUUUACUGUUUUAUUUCUGAAAAAUGGAAUUUCAAAAUGUUAUCUACUUGUUAUUAUAUAUCUGAAUAUUUGUG